AUGGGUGAGAAUCGUGAACGAAAACCCUACUCGAUACCGAGGGCAGUUCGUACAGCCCCACCACUGAGUCGGAUAUACCCGCGAAGGUUUGCACUUCAAACCCCACACCAGGUUUCGUUUCGAGGUAUUCCAGCGGACAACAUUAUUGCCCAUAGUCCGAUAUAUAAUCCAAAUGUGGCAAUGCCUUAUUUUGAACAGUGUUACACUAUAGAGAAGAAGCUCGGGCAAGGAUCUUUUGGCGAGGCUUAUGCAGUGUACUGCAAAGAGGAUGGACGACGAUACGCCGUCAAACGAGCUCUGGAGGCAUUUCGAAGUUCUGCAGAUCGUGCUCUAAAGCUACGUGAGGUGCAGAAACAUGAACUGCUACCGAAGCACAUCAAUCUUGUUCAGUUCUAUAAGGCUUGGGAAGAAAAUGGCCGCUUGUAUAUCCUAACAGAGUUAUGCGAAAGAAGCUUACUUGACUAUUGCACUGAACUUCAUACAAUCCCCGAGAAAGAAAUCUGGAAUAUCUUUAUAGACAUACUAAUGGCCGUUGAUCAUCUCCACAGUAAUGAUCUCCUUCAUGUCGAUAUAAAACCGGAGAACAUUUUUCUAACGAGGGACAAAGUCUGUAAACUGGGCGAUUUUGGGCUGAUAUUUGACCUGAAGAACGACACUGCGUAUACUCCUGAGGAAGGUGAUGCAAAGUACCUUGCCCCUGAGGUUUUAAAUUCAUCGCCUACGAAAGCUGCCGAUGUCUUCAGCAUAGGGAUUACUAUACUUGAGGUUACAACUGACAUUGAUCUUCCUUCUCGAGGAGAUACUUGGCAUCAGAUACGAAGUGGAAAUAUUCCGGAUAGGUUCUUCAAGGGUGUUUCAAACGACCUCACUCGAUUGAUCAAGUGGUUAAUGUCUCCUGAUCCUGCUUCUCGACCUACUACUGCUCAGGCGUUGUCUGAUGUGGCAAUUUCAAAUCGAUUGCCAUUACGAACACUCUAUCUCGGAUAUCAUCGAGUGGCACAUACGCCUGAGGUGAAUGGGUCUAUCCGACAUAAACGAGAAUCGCGUUGGGACGACGAUGAUAGCGAUCCUGAUGACCGAUUCGCAAAGCAUCGUCAAACGGCAUUAAGUCGGCGAGUCCUAGAAAUGGACGACCAUACCAGCAGCGGUGAUCCGUUUCCCAGAUAUCGUCUCAAUUUCGAUGAGGACACCCCAUCAUCUUCUAGCGAGAAACUGGGAGCAAGCGGCUCGUCAACGGAUGGUAGGACUACACCAACUAUGUCUUGUCCACCAUGUCGUCAGUCGAUACGUUUCCGAUAUCAUCGUCGUCCUAUUCCUCGACUUGACUUCUCACGUGUUGACGAGUUUCCUGAAACGUUUUCGUCACCUGUAACCACAGCUGUUUCAACAACGAUUUCAUCUACGUCGUCUGCUCGGACUAAACCGCGGACGAGACCAUGCAAGAUAUCAUCUGAUUUGCGGAAGACGCCGCUACUAUGGAAAACUGUAACCAUCAGUCCACGACGAAACGAGUCACUAGUCUAUCAGUCGUUGAACGAUCAGUCCGGUAACUUAUUGAUCGAUUCUCUCGUGAACGUUCUUAUUCCAGUAUAG